UGCUAACUCGGCCUUCAAUUGGAUUUCGGCAGUUAAAAGCACAUCAAGCUAGAGCCAUGCAUGUUCAUUCGAUUCCGAUGUGGACCGGGAAGGGCAAUAACUAUGCCUACCUGGUGACUGAUGAGCCGACGAAACGGUCUGUUAUUAUUGAUCCAGCUAAUCCCCCAGAGGUUGCUCCAGUGUUGAACGAACAGAUCAACGCAGGCAAGAUCGAUCUCACAGCCAUCGUUAACACUCACCACCACUGGGACCACGCCGGAGGAAACAGCGAAAUCCUGAAACAAUUCGGCAAACUCCCCGUCAUCGGCGGCAGAAGCUGUCAAGGCGUCACGCAAACACCCAAAGAUGGUGAGGUGUUCAAGAUUGGAGAGCGGAUUACCGUCAAGGCGUUGUAUACACCCUGCCAUACGCAAGAUAGUAUUUGCUUCUUCAUGGAAGAUGGAGACCAGCGGGUUGUUUUUACGGGCGAUACGUUGUUUAUUGGAGGAUGUGGUCGUUUCUUCGAGGGCAAUGCGCAGGAAAUGCACACUGCGCUGAACGAGACUCUCGCUUCGUUGCCGGAUGAUACGAAAGUCUAUCCUGGACACGAAUACACCAAGUCCAACGUCAAGUUCUGUCUUGCCGUGUCUGAAUCGGAACCGAUCCAGAAGCUGGCGGCCUUUGCAGACGCGAACAAGGAGACACAGGGAAAGUUCACCAUUGGAGAUGAAAAGCUCCAUAACGUGUUCAUGCGCGUUCAUGACCCCGUGAUUCAGAAAAAGACCGGAAAGACGUCGCCGGUGGAGGUCAUGGCUGCGCUCAGAGAGAUGAAGAAUUCCAUGUAGACAUGGUAGUGUGUAUCUAUUUCUUGUUUUAGUAGGAUUGUCUUAGUAGGUAUAUGCAUAGCAUCG